UUCAGGGUCCAAGAAAGAAGACACUUUUGGCAUUGGAAUUCAAAGUCUGACAUUUGGAGUGGACCAGGUUCUUUUGCAUGUUUUCUUGGAUCCUAAUGUUAUGGUCCGAUAACGUUCUCGCAAGUCCCCGGCCUUGCUUUAACCGGUACAACUCUGCAUGUAACUUUCUGGGAUUAAUUCUUCAGUUGUAUUGGUGAAAAUGGCUUCAGUGAGCUUAUUGUUGGUAUCAAAUGAAUAUGGAAGAUUCGUAGCUUGGGAAAGAUUUAAAAACUUGAAUUUGUUGAAUUAUGUUGAUGCUUUAUUAUACCAGGAUUUUCUCUUCCAUAGGUGGGAGAGUGAGGGAGAGAGAAUGUACAAGCAAAACUGUUAUGAAUGUACGUCACAUUCUUAGGUAUUGAUUUAGAUAUCUAUUUUUUUUCUCCCUUAAAAACUAACAAUUUCUCAGAUGAAAUACCUUUCUCAACUCAGCUUGUACUAUUUGAAAUGUAUUGACCCGACCAUGGAAGCCAUCCAUGUAUUUCAGAGUUUUUAAAAAUAAUUGCAAAAUGUGGGAAUGAAAAAUUAAUAUACAUGGAAAUUAAGAAACAUGAUGUCAAUUAUUGUGUUGCCCUCAACCCCUCUCCCUCUUCCUUUCCUCUUCCCUUCCCUCCUUUUCUCAACCUCUGCAAAGCCCAACCCAGUGUGAUCUACCCCUUCAAGGCCAGCAACCCAUCCCCAUACUUCUCCACCAUUGUCUCCCCCUCCCUUCUCUUUUGCCAUCACCAUCCGUGGCUACUGCCAUCGCUGCUCACCUUCUCUGCUUCCAUUGCUGGAUCUGGUUUAGAUCUAGUUUGAUGCUGUGUACCACCAGCUCCUCUUUCGGCCACCACCAUAACUAAAGUGAAAAAAAAAAACAAAUUGAAAUGAACAGAGAAGAGGACGAUGAAAACCAAACUGAAUAAACAGAGUUGGAAAGGGUGGAUGUUUUGAGUGUGGAUUGUCAUAAUGUUUUUGUAAUUAUGUUUUUAAAUUUCCAUGUACAUUGCAAUAAUUUUUUAUUCCUUUACUGCAAUUGUUAUACAUUCCUUCCAUUUUUCUGCAAUUUUCCCAUUAAUUAACAUGGUAAGCAAUUAUUGAUAUAUCACUCCAUUACUAACUCAUAUUUUGGAGUUAAAAGUUUAAUCAAUUAAAGAGUUAAAAAACCAACGUUUCAUUCAUUUCUAACUCAUUUCAGAUUUUUAUUUGUGAAAACCAACAUUUAACUUCAUUUAUAGUUCGCAAACUGCCAUACAUUAAAAAAACUGAUCAGAAACACAACGCUACACACACACACACAUAUAUUGCCAUCAAUCCGUGUAGAGAGCUCCAAGAAAUUAGAGUUACCACUUUUUCAUCAUCAAGUUCCUGAAUUGAACAAACAUUGUAACCAAACACAAUGGAGAAUCUGAAGAUAGUCGAGAAAAUUGUCAUAUUCCCGGGGAAGCCCACAGAACGCAGACGCAUCUUCUUGUCAAACAUAGACCUCAGCCUCAUCGGCUACCAAGAAUCAGUUUCUUUCUUUGACCCUCCAAAAAUCAGUUUUGCCGAAGCCUGUGAAAAGUUGUACAGAGCACUCGAGCGGUUGUUUGUGCACUAUGAUUUCUUUGCUGGACGCCUAGUGCCUUCAUUGGAAGACAGUCAGAGGUUAGAGAUCAACUGCAAUGGUGCAGGUGUUGUGGUUGUUGCAGCAGCAACAGAGACGAAGUUGAGCCAGCUUGGAGAGCUUAUGGCACCGAAGCCAGAGUUUAGGCAAUUUGUGGAGUUCUUGCGUAAAGAGAAUGAAGAGGAAAUAGAGAUACAGGACAUGCCUCUUUUGUUCAUCCAGUUGACCCAGUUGGGCUGUGGAGGCUUGGCAUUCGCUUCACGGUACAACCACUGUGUCCUCGACGGAGUGGCAGUACGUGAGUUCCUAGCAAACAUGGCUGCUCUAACACGGUCCGAACAAAUGGUGAUCAUCCCAAACCCAGAUCGAACGCUCUUCAAAGCACGAAACCCCCCUAUAAUCAUUCAUCCUCACUAUGAGUACUCGAAACCAAUCAUCGACACACACAGCUUCAAUUUCAACCCCACACUCCACCAAUCUUCACUCCCCAACCAAACCCACCUCAUCUACUUAUCCCCUUCCCGCAUCGCCACCAUAAAAAAGGCCUCCCUGAGAAAUUGCACCACCUUCCAGGCCGUGGCAGCAAAGAUAUGGAAGGCGAGGACCCUGGCGGUGGAGACAAAAGACAUCGAUAAAAUUUCGACAAUGUUGUUUCCGGUGGAUGCUAGGAAAAAGAUUGUGCCACACGUACCCAUUGGGUUUGCCGGGAAUGCUCUGAUUCCUGGGUUCGCACGAGCGAGCGUGAGGGAGAUGAGGGAGGAAGAGGACCAUGUUUUUGUGAAGAAGGUGCAGGAAGGGUUGGAGAGGUUGGAUGAUGAAUAUGUGAGGUCUAGUGUAGAUUGGUUAGAGGUGAAUAAGGGUGUGCCUUGUAGGGAAGAUAGCUUUUCAUUGGUGGCUUGGUGGAGAUUAGGGUUAGAGGAAGAUGAGUUUGUUUGGGGCAAGAUCAAGUGUACUACUCCAGUGUUGGUUAAACCUGGUUUGGUGUAUCUAUUACCAGGGACAAGAGAUGAGGGAGGGCUUAGCAUUUGCCUGGAACUUCCUAAUGAUCAGAUUAAGGAGUUUCACAGGUUAAUGAUGGAGGAUUAAUGAAGUCUCAAACAGGAUUUAGUUAUCCUCAUGUGGAAUCAACUAACCUUUGCCUUCCACAAUUUUCAUAUUUGUUAUUUAUGAAUUGGAUGAUUUAUCUCCAUUAAUUGCCAUUGUAUUAAUUUCUUAACAUUUUAUUUAUAAGGAAAACCAGCCAAUAUAAUUCAGUUCUAAAGUUCUCUCGAACUAAAUUUUUCUAAAAUU